GCUGGAGUGGAGAUAGAAGAUUGGGAACGGAGGGAGAAAGAGUGCGGAGUACUGCUGUCUGUGUUUAUUCUGCUGUUGUUGCGCUGUGCCUGGUGAGAGUGAGAGAGAGGAGGAGGAGGAGGGAGAGGGAGAGAGCGCGAGGCUCUGGUGGUGUAGAGAGGAAAGGAGUGCCUGCUGGCGGGGAAUUACGACGAGCUUUUUGCGACAUAGCUAAAUCGAAGGAGGGUAGAGGCGGCGAGAACUCACAGACAUUGAAGCGGAGUAGCUCUCUGGUUGGCAGGGGGCUUUUACUUGGGGAGAGAGAGAGUGAGAGCGAGAGCGAGUGAGAAGAGGCAGAGAGGGAGGGAGGAGGGAGAGAGGGCGGGCGGGAGAGAGAGACAGUGAGAAGGAGGGAGGGAGGGAGAGGGAGGGAAGUAUGGGGAAGUAGAAGAGAGUAGGAGUAUAUUUCGGAGCAGACUGCCGGUCUCCUUUUUUUGGACAUUGGAGAGAAGAGAGGAACUGGUAAAGUGUGGACAGGAGAGAGGAGUAGUGUUUCUCUUUGACGGCACUGCCGCUGCUUCGUCAUUUUGGUGGCAACGGGGGCUUUGAUUGUCUGUGACUUCUCCGUUUCAGACACCAGCCUGUCUUGUGUAUGGUCUUUCUAUUCUCUCGCGGGCGCUGUAUCGUUCCUGUCUCCUCUCUUGUCUCUCGCUUUCGCGCUUGUCGGUCUAACCUCUCGGCCUUCCAUCCUCGCCUCCAUCGCUGCUGUAUCCAGAGUUCACAAGCGCAGUGUCACUUGGUUCGCCCGACGUUAAUCCCUGCUUUCUUCUCGUCUGUACUCUCUCUCUUCUUUCUCGCUCGCUGCUAUCUGUACACAAGGUGUGAGCUCUCCCCCACCCGCCCCGCCCCUCCCCUCCACUCCCCCUCUCCCCACUCUCACCCCCCGUCCCCUCGUUCACGCACUCCAAACCUGGUGCCUUCGUUGCUUCGUUGGCUCUUUCGCUCUCGCUGUCGGGUACCAUUUGGACCUCUAUAGUUUUCUUUCUUACUCUACAUCCGCAGCGUUGAACGGUUUUGCGUUUUCACUCCUCGUGAGUCGUCGAGGUCCUUUGCUCGUGCCCUGUCUUUAAGGACGUUCUCUUCUAGGGUUCUGCUGUCACCUCCUGCACUUUUGUCGCCUUGUUGUUCGGUUCGAGUCCUUCGAGUCUGUUGCAUAGAGGAUUUUCCCUCUAGCCAGAGCUGUCAACUCUGGAGGGGGACGAGAAAAAGUAUUUCGCAGGUUGAAGGCUAAAUUUGUGCAGACGAAGACUGCCUAGGGUUAUCUGUGUCACCAGAGCUGCUGUAGAGUCUGGUCUCACUCCUCACAUGUUCUUGCUGGAAGGCGGGUGUCAAAGAAAGACUCGUGAUAUUUUGAAGAUGCUUUAUAUCUGUCAUCUGAAUUUGUUGAAGGACAAUUAGAGGCCGGACAAUAUGAGAGUAGUGAUAGUAGGAAUUACAAUAUGAAAGCGGAGAUAGUAGGAGGAGGUAAGCUCACUAAAGAUAAGGACUAGGGACACUGGGUUCACAACACAUCAGCAAUUUCGUGUAAUGUAGAAGCAGUUCUGAGUUAGCGGAUAUCUCACAGAACUGCUUCGGAGAUAGACUUCCAAGGCUUCAAAGAAACAGAGGUACUGAGGCGUGUCAGCUUGCUUGAAUAUGUUCAGUUCCCAGACGCCACUGCCACCUCUGGCCCGACAACCUCAGACCCCUCUAUUUCACGCGUUGCCUGCACCCGGACAUGCUUCCUCUCGGGAGGAGGAUGAGGAGGAAGAAGCCCCCUAUCAUCCCGAUCCUCUUCCCCCGCCGCAACCAGAACCACUGCGGGAGAGAAUACCUCCUUCUCCUGCACGUGAGGAGACCAUGUCUCCCGUGGAACGGCUCGAGGUCCCUCCUCCUGUCGCUCCAUCUCACUCAAUGUCUACCGUCUUAGCUCUUGCAGCCCAACCUCCUAUAUCUCCCGACCUUAAGGUCACGGAGAACGGAAAUUCAGGAGCGACUGGAGAGGCCGAUGCCGACGCCGAGGAGGACAAGAAGCGCGAGAGGGAGCACAAGAAGAGGUCUAAGAACUGGACUCGACCGGAGACUCUGAAACUCAUCAGACUGAGAACAGAUUUAGAACCAAGAUUUGCCAAGAGUGGAAGGAAAACGGAGCUCUGGGACGAGAUUGCCGAAGCACUUCAGCGAGAGAGAAUUACUCGGGACGCUCAACAAUGCCGAGACAAAUGGGAGAAGCUCACAGCAGGAUACAAGGAAGUUCGAGAUGGUGUUAAGGACAGGGAAGACAAUCCAUUCUAUGAUGAACUUCAUCCGUUGCUCUCAGGGAAGUCUUUGAAGCGGGAGCGAGAAAGAGAUAAGGAUACUUUUGGAAGCGGCAAAGAAGGUGCUGGGCGAGACUACUCGAAAGAGUUGAGUCGAGAGCUGGUAGUGGAUGGUUUUACCAGAGAUAUUGAUAAAGACGGUCUGUAUAGGGGUGGAGCCAGAGGAAGAGAAACGUUCAAAGACGACGAUGACGACGGGGACGAGGCGGAGGCCAGAGCUCCGUCAAGAAAGAAGAAAAGGGGCCCGAAGUACAUCACCGUGACUGACCUCGCUGCUGUGCAAAGUUUGUUAGAGGCAGUGAUAUCGCGGCAACAACGGUUUUUUAGAGAUCUUCUGGACUCCAUGGAGAGGAAAGAACAGUUACGGGAACAAAUUCGUCAGGAGAAAGAGGACAAGUGGCGAGCUGAAGAACGAGCUCAACGGGGCAUUUUCAACAAUGCGAUGAUAGUUCUCACUCAGAAACUAGUUGGCGACCGUGUUAGUGCGGUCGUACCUGGUGUUGCUGGGCCAUUGGUAGUAGGGAGUCCGGAGGGUCCUCAAGGUCCGAAGAGAAGGUCCAAGAACUGGAAAAGAGCUGAGGUCCUUCAGCUUAUCAAGUUACGGGGGGAGAUGGACAGUCGAUUUGUAAAGUCUACAAGAAGAGCCGCACUUUGGGAAGAGCUUGCGGAGCUGCUGGCCGCGCAAGGUAUCAAAAGGGACGGCAAACAAUGUCGAGAGAAGUGGGACAAGCUAAUGGCCGAGUACAAAGACGUUGCCGAUGGUAAACGGGACCAGGGUGAGAGUCCUUACUUUGCUGAGUUGACUGCAAUCAUAGGGCGGCCACCGGAGGCUGCUUAAGCCAUUGCUCAAAUACAACCCAAGCUGCGAAGAAGGGAAGCAGGGAAUGAGGAGGUAGCGAGAAAAAUCCGAGCUUGAGGGGAAGUGGUGGAGAUGUUGGAUUGUUCCGCACGUUAUCGGCAUGGGGGUAGUGUCACGUAGUUAGCUAGAAAGUAGAGAGAAGAAUGGCUUGGAGGACUCUGUACAAGAUGAAGGUGAUCUCGUGAGUCCUCCAUUUAUGAGUAAAUGAGUGUGUUAAGUGGUGACCACUUGUAUAGAAGGUGGAAUGCUUUGGAACGUCACACGAGCGAAAGCGUCAGCUUACAGUGGAACUGGUGCUGUGUAUGGAGAUCCUGUGUCGACAUAUCGUAAUAUUGGCAUUGACAUUAUUCGGGUUCUCUGAACUUUCCAAAGAGUCCCUUUGUAGAAGUUCUUAGCUGGAUAGUUUGUGCUAGUAAUUUUUCCCCGGUGGUCACUCGCUAUUCAUGUAUUUUCGCGUCUACUCCCUCCCUGAUUUGCCCAGAGCCUAAUCAACUACUGAUUAGGGGGUCUGAGGACAGAGAUUAGGACUGUUUAGUGUUGUAUAUUAUAGUACUAUUCAAAUCUUCGAGUACAGCGUGUCUGCGCGAGAUUCAAAUUCUUUUUGCGGAAGACUUGAGGAGUGCAGGAAAGUUUGGGGAGAGUGGAUCAAAACUGGUGGCCCGAGUUCAUCCACUUGCCACGCGGGUUUGCGAGCAUGCCCGCCCGUCUGUCCUCAUCGGACAGCCCAUGUUUACUCUCUGAUAUUCAAGCACAUGACACGGCUGUGUUGUAAAUCCUUCGUACAAGAAUAUGGUGCACUUUUGAAGACUUGCCGAUCCGAGCUGGCCCGUCAUUACAAGCUCACGCCAGCAUCUGAAUGCUCCGCAAUCAGAGCUUUUGUUGCGAUGAUGCCAUUUCGAAGUGUAAUUCCAAAGAUUCACAUGUGCAGGUCUCACU